AAGGCUGUGACUCAUGCUUGCGUGAAGAGACCAAUGGGCAGCCGGAGCCUGAGAUAUAAAUAACGAAUACAAAAAAAUAUUCUUGAGGGAGAAAAGGGUCACUUGCGCGCCGCUGGAUGGGAUUUUAUUAGUGCGCUCUGUUGGUAUUCCGCCAUCUCUGGACUGCUCCUUGUCGCGCAUUUGGCUGGCAAUCCUAACAUCUUCCUAUAGUUUGUGUGGACUCGACAACCUGUGAGCCGUUGAAUUAAUUCCCAGCUGGAGGAUCAGAUAACAGGAGUGAUGGCCACUUCUGAACCGAGAGCCACCGACGCGGACCAGGACCCCAACUCCUCCAAUUUAAGACCUCCGUCCGCAACCUACGAAUAUGCGUGGAUGCACGGAUGCACACGGAAACUGGGGAUGAAGAUUUGUGGGUUCCUGCAGAAGAACAACAGCCUGGAGGAGAAGGGGAGGCUGGCGGGCCAGAAGAACCUGCUGUCCUGCGACAACAGUGACAGAGACGCGCGCUUCCGCCUCACCGAGACCGACUUCUCCAACCUGUUCGCCAGAGACUUGCUGCCUGCCAAAAAUGGAGAGGAGCCCACCAUACAGUUUUUGUUGGAGAUUGUGGACAUCCUCACCAACUAUGUCAAGAAGACCUUUGACCGCUCCACCAAGGUGCUGGACUUCCACCACCCUCACCAGCUGUUGGAGGGCAUGGAGGGCUUCAACCUGGAGCUGUCCGACCAGCCCGAGUCCCUGGAGCAGAUCCUGGUGGACUGCAGGGACACGCUCAAAUAUGGCGUCCGAACAGGUCACCCACGAUUUUUCAACCAGCUGUCUUCUGGCCUGGACAUCAUCGGCCUGGCCGGGGAGUGGCUCACCUCCACUGCUAACACCAACAUGUUCACCUAUGAGAUCGCUCCGGUGUUUGUGUUGAUGGAGCAGCUGACUCUGAAGAAAAUGAGAGAGAUGAUCGGUUGGCCUAAUGGAGAGGGAGACGCUCUCUUCUCACCAGGGGGCGCCAUCUCCAACAUGUACAGCGUGAUGAUCGCCCGUUACAAGUAUUUCCCCGAGGUCAAGACCAAGGGCAUGUCUGCUGCUCCUCGCCUUGUGCUCUUCACGUCUGAACACAGCCACUACUCCAUAAAGAAGGCUGGAGCCGCUCUGGGUUUUGGCACUGAGAACGUGAUCCUGCUGAGCACAGACGAGAGGGGGAGAGUCAUUCCUGCAGAUCUGGAGGCCAAGAUCAUCGAUGCUAAACAGAAGGGUUACGUGCCGUUGUUUGUGAAUGCGACAGGUGGUUCAACAGUGUACGGUGCAUUUGACCCCAUCAAUGAAAUCGCUGACAUCUGUGAGAAGUACAACCUGUGGCUCCAUGUUGAUGGGGCGUGGGGCGGUGGACUGCUGAUGUCCAGGAAGCAUCGCCACAAGCUUAAUGGAAUUGAGAGGGCCAACUCUGUCACAUGGAACCCUCACAAGAUGAUGGGCGUGCCUCUACAGUGCUCCGCAAUCCUGGUCAGGGAGAAGGGCAUCCUGUCAGGCUGUAACUCCAUGUGUGCUGGCUACCUGUUCCAACCAGACAAACAGUACGAUGUCACCUACGACACGGGGGACAAAGCCAUCCAGUGUGGCCGACACGUCGACAUCUUUAAGUUCUGGCUCAUGUGGAAGGCCAAGGGCACCAUAGGGUUUGAGCAGCACAUUGACAAGUGUUUGGACCUGUCUCAGUACCUGUACAACAAGAUCAAGAACAGGGAGGGAUACCAGAUGGUGUUUGAUGGAGUGCCCCAGCACACCAACGUUUGCUUCUGGUACAUCCCGCCCAGCAUGAGAGGAAUGCCUGAAGGUGAAGAGCGGCGAGAAAAACUCCACAGGGUGGCACCAAAGAUCAAGGCCAUGAUGAUGGAGUCAGGGACCACCAUGGUGGGCUACCAGCCUCAGGGCAACAAAGUCAACUUCUUCCGUAUGGUCGUCUCCAACCCCGCGGCCACCCAGUCUGACAUCGACUUCCUCAUCGAUGAGAUCGAGCGGCUGGGUCAGGACCUGUAGACCUGCUGCUCCUCCGACCAGAGGGCCAACCUGCAGUCUUCUAUCUAUUGUAUUUCUGAGGCGAAUGCCAAUGAGGUGAGACAUUCACAGUGCUGCAGACAGAAUAACUACAGGUGUGUUUGGGUCUGUUUCCGUCUGAAGCAUUCUGACUGUUUCUCCAACUGAAGAGAAGCUCGCAACGAAAGAGACUUUGAGUGUCUUACUUGCUCGUCCCACGUUUUCCCCCUCUAGAUAAAAUAUAUAAGUAUCUGAAGGCUCCAGGUACAACAAACAUGCUCUAGUGUGUGUGUGUGUGUGUGCGUGUGUGUGCUGUGGAAUCUUGUAAUGUGUGUGUGUGUAAUCUAGUUUCUCGUUCAAUGUGUCUUUUAAUGUCUGUAUGAGUGUGUGUGUCUGAGUGUGUGUGGUCAAACACUGAAAAGGGAGAAAAGCACAGAUGAAAAUAUAACAAACUAUCAUAAAAUAUUCUGCUGUAUCAUACAUUUGCUACGCAAAAUUGAAUCAUUGGUGCUUUCAGCUGUAUAUAUAUUUAAUCUCAGUGCACCUAAACCAGUGUCCACCCCCCUGAAGCAGUGUGUGUGCGCGCAGGUGUGCAUGUGACACCGAGUGUAUCCUGUCACGUAUUUUAAGCUAGCACUGUGUUAUAAAAAUAAGCUUAUUAUGACCUAAUGUGCACACUAUAGAAACAAUAGGAGAGUUUUUAGAUAACCUCCAGCAACUGAAUUCCAGUCUGCAAUAUUUUCCCUCGUAGAACUUUAAUAUUUAAAAUGUCUACAGCUUUCCCGAGUCUGUGACAUCUUUUAACCUGUAAAACGCUGGCUCGUUGUCUGUUUCAUGCAAUCAUGUGAUACCCAUAUAUGUGUUUAUCACAUUGUUAAAAAAGAUUUGAUUAUAUAAGAACACAUAUUUAUUGCAUUUCCACUGUUUGCAGAUUCAGGUAUUUUAUUGUAAAUGUAUCUUUAUGUGUAUUACAUGGUAAUACAUUUGUAAAUGUAAUCACAGGAACUUGAGUAAAGUUUAUUUAUGGUGAUUUUGUCAGCCAAAGAAAGCAAGUCGGGAACAGAGCAAUCCAUCGUCCUUCAUAUAGAACUUCUUAUAGAUUAUAGGUGUUUGUAAAAUGUUACCUAUUGACCCUCGACUGCGAUGCAAUUUCUAUAUUGUGUUUCUUUCUGUGAUUGUGAGUCUUUUUGACUGAAUGUUUUGAGGUGACUGACUGGCCUUCUGAUGAGAUUAAUAAUAUAAGUCUAUAUAAUCUUCUGGCAGUCUUUUAUUUUAGAGAAUAGCACAAGGAUGUGAGAAUGUACUCUCCUCUUGAGACUGGGAAGAAAGUCUAGUUGUAUCUGUCUGGAUCCUAAUGCAUUUACUGUAAUAUAGUAUAUAUUAAUUGUAAUACAUAUUACCUGUUAUUCUCAGUGUGAUGGGAACUCUAUGGAAUAUCUUGUAUAAAGAGUUCCGGUUUGUGUCUUUGCACAAUGUUCACCUUUCUUUAUUCCAUUGUAAAUGGAUGUGUACUAUGGCAGUAUUAUAUAAGAUUUAUGUUAAACUAUUUAUGGUAUCUAGGGACCAUAUGUGAAUGGCACAACUGCAUAAAUGAUAUUUAAGGUCAUCUGUGUGCUGUAAUCUGGUUUUGUGACUAAGCCAGCUGUAAGGGACGUUUCCCAGGAGGCACUUUAACAGAAUCAUA